AUGUAUUUAGUGCUGAGUGUAAUUUUGCCAGUUCUCUUUGCUGGGAAAUGUUCAAGCCAUGACAAACAAGAUCAUCUCUCUGACCUUAUAAUCUCUGUAGAUAAUGGACAGAAAUGGGGCUUAUGGGGACCACCAGAGAUGUGUCCUCAGGGAACCUAUGCUACAGGCUUUCAACUCAAGGUUGAAGCUGCACUUGGAAAAGGUGAUGACACAGCUCUAAAUGGUAUUGCUCUUCAAUGCACUAACUCCUCAAAACCAAAACCGGUUAUGAUCAGUUCUACUGCAGGAAGUUGGGGAUAUUGGGGAAAGAAAUUUUCGUGCCCAGAUGGAGUAUUAAAAGCUUUUAGUCUGCGAGUUGAGGCUGAUCAAGUACUAGGAGAUAAUACAGCUGUAAACAACAUAAGGUUUUUGUGCACUGGAAACCAGGAGUUGGUAGGCAAUGGUAGGUCUUGGGGGACCUGGGGUUCAUGGAGCAAAGCUUGUCCAGGAAAAGGGAUUUGUGGAAUUCAGACCAAAGUGCAAGAAUAUCAGGGUUCACAUGAUGACACUGCUCUUAAUGAUGUCCACUUCUACUGCUGCAAAUAAGGAUAAACUGGUGAUAUGGAAACAACCACAGAUAUGAUUAUUCUUUAUGAUUU